AUGGCCUCCCCGCGCCUCGGGACCUACUGCUGCCCCACGCGGGACGCCGCCACGCAGCUGGUGCUGAGCUUCCAGCCGCGGGCGUUCCACGCGCUGUGCCUGGGCAGCGGCGCCUGCAGUGUGGCGCUCGGCCUGCUGCAGCUGCUGCCCCGCCGCCGGCCCGCGGGCCCCGGGAGCCCCGCCGCCCCGCCCGCCUCGCCGCGCGCCCCGGCCUCCGUGCGCAUCCUGCGCGCCGCCGCCGCCUGCGACCUGCUCGGGUGCCUGGGUAUCUUGUUCCGAUCUGCGGUGUGGUUAGGAUUCCCAGAUCUUGUCGAAAACAUCUCCAGUGUGAAUGGGACAGACGUUUGGCCCGCUGUGUACUGUGUGGGGAGUGCAAUGUGGAUCGAGCUGCUGUACAGCGCCUGCUUCUGGUGGCUGUUUUGCUAUGCAGUGGAUGCCUACCUGGUAGUCCGGAGAUCAGCAGGACAGAGCACCAUCGUCCUUUACCACAUCAUGACCUGGGGCCUGGCCACCCUGCUCUGCGUGGAGGGAGUGAUCAUGCUCUACUACCCUUCUGUGUCCAGGUGCCAGCGGGAUCUGGAACAUGCCAUUCCCCACUACGUCACCACAUACUUGCCACUGCUGCUGGUCCUUGUGGCCAACCCCGUCCUGUUCCAGAAGACCGUGACUGCAGUGGCCUCUUUACUUAAAGGAAGACAAGGCAUUUACACAGAGAACGAGAGACGGAUGGGAGCCACAAUCAAGAUCCGAUUUUUCAAAAUAAUGCUGGUUUUCAUUAUUUGUUGGUUGCCGAACAUCAUCAAUGAAAGCCUUUUAUUCUAUCUUGAAUUGCAACCAGAUGUCAGUGGAAGCUCUCUGAAACCUAUCCGAAAUGCAGCCAAGACCACGUGGUUUAUUAUGGGAAUACUGAAUCCAGCCCAAGGAUUUCUCUUGUCCUUGGCCUUCUACGGCUGGACAGGAUGUAGCCUGGAUUCUCAGUGCCCCAGGAAGGAGAUUCAGUGGGAAUCAGUGACCACCUCUGCUGCAGAGCAGACCUCCCUGUCCCCAGAGGGCUCCCGCAAAUGUCCCCCCUCUGGCAAGGUGGCGCGUGUUGGCGGGCACAAUUCCGACGAGGCGCUCAGCAUGUUGUCUGAAGAAGAUGCUUCUUAAGUAAACCUGUUGCUGUUAACACGGAGUAACAAUAUAGAACGUUCUUUACAAGCAGAGACGACAUGUUCAGAGCACUUUCUUCUUGGGAACAGCAAGUGGAUUCCACAAAUGCUGUUUGGGGAGGAGGCCACCUCACCUCUCCUGUGUCUCCACUGAGGCCCUGAAGCUCCUCCCACUUCCCACUGUAUGACAUUGAGAUUGUCUGAAAGCACCUUUGACCAGAGUGUGUAUACUGCCAGUAUUGCUAUGCAUUCCAUUCUCCAUCUGGCAUUCAUACCUGAUGUUUGAGCCCUUGCACCUGAUAAGUGACCAUUGGUCACUUGUAACAAUGUUAAAUUACAGAUUUUUAAUGGAAAAUCGGUGGCAGCUCAUGGCUAACUAAAGGCCUAAACUGAAAAAUAAGAGUAAUUAGUUAUAAGAUUUAAAGAAUUCUUAGUAAUGUAAGAAUUGGGAGCUAUGUCAGUGAUAUCUCAGUUAAAGUUGGGAAAAAGAAGAGUUUGGAUCAUCAGCAUUUUUUUGUGUAAGAUUGUGUAAUGAAUUAUGCUCCCUGUCUUUGAAUCAUAGCAGCACUUGUUAAGGUUAUCAGAAGCUAGGUGACAUAUGAGCUAAGUAUAAGGAAUGGACGAGCCAUGCUGGAGCUGUCACUGACCUCAAGGAAGGCUUAGCGCAGCUGGCCUCAGAACUGUUCAGUUAGCCUCGUCCAAGUAAGCUGACAACAAGGCCUUCUAGCAAAUCUCACUUAGUAUUUGUCUACCUCUAAUAGGGUGCUAAUGAUGGUCCUUUUUCAUAAGAUUGAAUAGAUCUGUAUGCUGUGUACUUAAGUAGUGCUAACAUUCAGUCAAUGCUAACUCUAGUAAUAACACACCAUCUUACGUGGUUGUAGUUUGAGGGGAGAAUGGGGAAAUAUUUGUGAGGAGUGGCAUUCAGAAGCAAGACACGAGAAUGAAAAUUUCUAAUCUGCAUCUAAAAUAUCAAGGCAGUUUAGUCUGGGCUAAAGGGAAAGAGCCCAGGGCAGAGUGAUCCCUUGCAGCAGACUCUGGUUAUUUUACCCCAGGCGAUGUGCUGCUGCCUCUUCUAAUGUGGUAAUUUUAGGAUUGAGCUCUGCCUUAGUCUUGGGCUGUCUCCUUACUCCUCCCCCGGCCCCCCAGCUCCUUUGAUACUGGUGUUUUUAGGAACCAAGAGCUAUGCGUAACGCAGAAUAUACUGUUGGAGAGAAAAGACCCAGAGAUAGAAUUCAAAGCAGUUAACACAGUUAGCUUCUGUGUUUGUGCUGUUGUGGUGAAUUGACUUACUCAUCAUGUUCUGAAGCAUCUAUGACUUUAGGAUUCACUCCAAGGCCAGUAGGCUCACCUUAAACCUCCAUUAGUAUCUGAUGUGGUGUUGGGCAC